CCAAUAAGCUAAAGGUUUAAUCAUAGUUGGCAUAUACUCCAAAAUCUAUAGCUCCAACUCCAAAUAUUUGGUAAGGAGACUUUUAGAAAGAAAAAAAAUGGGAAAUAUUGGAGAAAUAGAGGAAAUAGAGAAAUGGAUUUCAUCACCAAAUUCAAAUAAAAGACCAAUGCCUCUUCUAUCACUAAACCAUGUCUCAUUUGUGUGCAAAUCAGUGCAUGACUCUGUCAAAUUCUAUGAAGAUGUUUUGGGUUUUGUACUCAUCAAAAGACCUUCUUCUUUCAACUUUGAAGGAGCUUGGCUGUUCAACUAUGGUAUUGGAAUCCAUUUACUUGAAGCAGAAGAAACCACAAACAAGAAAGGUCCGAUCAACCCAAAAGACAAUCACAUUUCAUUUCAAACCUCAGACAUGGAUCUUGUAAUGACAAAACUAAAGGAAAAUAAGAUUGAGUGUGCCACAGCCGUUGUGGAAGAAGGCGGCAUCACCGUUGAUCAGCUCUUCUUCCAUGAUCCUGAUGGCUAUAUGAUUGAGAUUUGCAACUGUCAAAAUCUUCCUGUUCUUCCUCUUUCUGCUUGCCCUAUUAAGCUACCGAAACCGAAUGCCAACCUCAAAUCGUCAUCGUUCUUUGAGAAGAGUAGCUGGGAGAUAGCAUGCUCAAGAGGAGUUGCAGCUCUGAUGAUGGAGAAUUUGGUGGCAAACAUGAUGGACAUAUCCUUCUAAGAAACUAUAUAAGAGAGUGAUCAAAAUGCAAGUUUUGAUGUUGAAAUAGAAAUAAAUAAUAAUAAAAUUGUUUUUCUUUACAUGUUAUGUAAAAAGAAGGGUGAAAUUAAGCUUGUAAUGUGAUGAGUAGAAUCAAUCUUAGAUUUUGGUUGUGAUGAGUUAUCUUUUUAAGUUCCAUUCAAAUACUAUGCUUCUUAUUUGGUUA